AUGAGGCUGACCCCGGACAAGUGUCUGUUUGGAGUUGUCAAAGGGAAGUUUCUGGGCCGCGUGAUAAGCAGGCGGGGAAUUGAAGCAAACCCGGAGAAGGUUCAAGCCAUAUUAGAUAUGGAGGUGCCAACGGUCAAGAGUGAUGUGCAAUCCCUAACGGGCAAGAUGGCGGCCCUCGCUAGCGGUGAGCUCAGCCCUGAUCAGGAAAGACGACAUCAUCGAGCUCCCAGUGUAUUAUGUAGGCAAAAAGGCUUUACCUUGGCAGAGAGUAGGUACCCGGACCUCAAAAAGUUGGCUCUAGCACUCAUUGUACUGCAGAAGCCGGAAGUGAGUGGGAGACUGGCCAAAGGGGCGAUAGAGUUGGGUGAGUUCAACAUACACUACAUGCCGAGAGUAGCCAUCAAAGGGCAAGCGGCUAUAGAUUUCAUCUCGGAGCUAACCCCUAUGAAGGACGACGAGGUGCACCCUGAGAUUGAGCAUGAGUACUCCCUGGAAUUCAUGUUCUCCACAUCCAACAACGCAGCUGAGUACGAAGCAUUGAUCGGGGGACUGCAGCUGGCACAAGAGAUAGGAGUCAAGAGUGUACAGGUGUUCAGCGACUCGCAGUUGGUGGUGAACCAGGUCAGCGGGACCUUUGAGGCCAAAGAACCGCAUCUAAACUUUUACCAGGCACCGGCAAAGGCUCUCUUGCACAGGUUCGAGUCAGCAACGGUCACUCAAAUCCCUAGGAAGGAAAAUAGUAAUGCUGAUGUUUUGGCUAGACUAGCCACCGGUACCCGUUAG